AAGAAUAUACAAGUAAAACUGUGGAUUCUGUGAUUACGUCAACUACAAGCUGGGUGGAUCUAAAGUAUUUUGUUGCCCUAAAUGUAAAACAGAACUCGAUAGGGAUAUUAAUGGUGCUUGCAAUAUUCUUCUUCGCUACUUUACUAUAA